AUUGAAAACUUCGCACUUAUUAGUACAGUUCUCCAAAAGAAAACAGACAAGCUUGUCGAGUUACUCAAUGACAAUAGAGACUACUCCGGCCUCAUCACUCGGGAGUACGAUGAAGUCUCGAACGAUAUCAAUUCUGUUCAGGCUGUAAUCGAGAAAUAUACUACUGAGUUAGAGGAAAUCCGAUUCAAGAUCGAACAGUUCACAGAGGGCGAAGACAACAAAGUGCUUAAGGCCACUUCGCCAAACGCCGACCUGACCUCGCAACCUCACCAGCCUCUUAGUCCCUAUGAACUGACAAGGUUUCGCCUGCGAGCUCAUCUCCCUGACAAUCAAUUUACUAUGGUCGAAGUUCGUCCAGGACAGAAGAUAAGUCACGUACUGGAAAAGAAACUCGCAAACCGUGGUUUUCACACAAACGAACUCUCCGUCUAUGGUGCAUGUUCGAGGAGACCAAUUUCGUGGGAUGAUGAUGCUGUACAGGUUUUCUUAACCGAAGAAGACAUAGUCGUGGAAUUUAACUGCUUCAGUGGUAAACGCAGACCCCGUCAUGCAUUGCAAAGGAAGACGUUCUUUGAAAAACAGCAGUGCUCUAUUUGCUCUAAGUUUGUUAUAUACGGUUCUAUGUGCAAGGUUUGUGGCAACGUUUUCCACCAACGCUGUAUUUCCAGACUGGAGAAGCUCCCCGAUGAAGAAACUCAAGCAGAUAUUCAUUUAUGGGACUUGUGCAGAUUACUGACGUGCCCGGGUCAACAGGGCUCUGAUUGGGUUCAAAACGUCCAACCUCAACCACCAACUGUAGUCCGACUUGUAGGAACUAAUAUAGUUCGUUGUGAUGAAGAAAAUGCUCACAUUUAUUCCCACGAUCUUCAUGCGGGACUAGUACGGCUUGGCUACAAUCAACUUGCACCCCCUCCACAGCUCAGCGCCAAUACGCGCGAACGAUCCUCUUCCAGUCCAAACGUUUCUAAUAUCCUUGUCCCUCAACUCCAGCCUUUCCCGGAAAAGACCCUUCAGCGACAUGAUUCAAGCGAAAAGUGGGAGAUCCCUGCUGAAGAGAUCGAGAAGGGCCCACGUAUCGGGUCAGGAUCCUUUGGGACCGUAUUCAAGGGUUACUGGCACGGAAACGUUGCGAUCAAGGAACUGAACGUGGUCGACCCAACUCCUUCUCAGUUGAAGGCCUUCAAGAAUGAGGUCCACGUCCUCAGGUGCGUAAAGAUACCGCGUAUUUUCUUGUCCCGCUGA